GUAAGGCAGUUUUCUUCUCAAAUGUCUUUUCUUCCAAUAGGACAAAAGGCUAAGUAAGAGAGGCAGUGUGUGAGAGGUUAUAACAUUGGGAUCUUUAGCUUCGAGGUGUCUGCAACUCAUCUUCUUGGAAAAAUAAGAUGUCAGCUGUGUUAGAAGCAUCUCCGGACGCAUCCACAGUUUCUGCUUUGCUCGACGACGUCUUCAGCAAGGAUGAGCUGCAAUCAUCUAUCAGCGCACAGAAAGCAGCGCCAAACGAGGAGGACACGGCGGCAAGUGAGAGCCUCACAGAACUAAUCUAUCGUCUACCCCGUCCUCUGAAGCGUGGCGAGGUUAUGCUCGAGAAGUCGUCUCCGGUUGUAGUGUCGCCGAUUCAACCAUGGAAAUUGGUUUUCAACGACGACGACGCACUAUCAUCUGCCGAGAAGAAAGGCUGGCAGAAAGCUGCUACGCAGGUUCUGUGCAAAGGGCGCAAACGUGAUCUGCACAUGCCUGAACUUGGUGGGUCCGCGAAUGCUGGCUCGAUUCACCCGACCGAAAGGCGCCGUGAUCCCCGUGCUUUCAGUCAGGCGCUCGCGAAUCUUACUGCAGCAGCUGGGCUAAAGAAUCAGGUACUUUUUCUUAGUUGUAAGAAAAGUUCAGACACAACACAAAGUCGAGCGUUGACUUUCGAUAACGCCAAGGCAUCUAUGCAUAUUUAUAUCAGUCUCCUGCAACUCCAACUGCUGCCAUCUAGAUAGUUUAGCACUCUUUUCAGAGAUCCAAACUCUAUCAACUUCUCCCAUCAUAUCACUCCUUAUUCAUCAAGUAUACUCUUCAGGUUCCACAACUGCGACACCAAGAAAAGCGAACUCAUGCUAGCAAUCGUAGUCGCGUUGCGUCGUGCCGAUAUUUCAAUAUGCAGCCACAAGCAAUCUUGAAGCGGCAGGCAUGGCAAGCCGCAGAGAAAAGACGCCAAUGCCACGUGGAUUUGUCUGAGCACAGUGGGUUUUGCGGCGAAGCAGAUAUUCUUCGCAGGUCUCAGAGUCCUGCCCUGAGGCAGCGCGGCAGUCCGGUGCAUAACUGCAGCUCGCCGGUUGCCGAUAAUCUAGUGGUGUGCGGCGAAGACAAUUUGAACGAGGAUCACUUGUUCCGUCCUGAGCUUUUCAAGCAGCCGCAUGACGAGCAGGAAACUCUAUCCACGCUGGUAGGCCAGCUUUGUCGUGACGAUCUGGAAGGCAAAACGACUCCGAGAACCGGCGCGUCGUCCGGCAGCGAAGGUGCGUUUUGAUAUUAGACCUUUCAUUCUUGAACCCUUCUGUUACCUUCCGAUGUAGAUUUUCUAGCUCAAGUAAUACAAGUAAAUCGCGCUUUCCUUGUAUUUACCGAUGUGCAUUCUUGUGGUCAUUAUAGACAUUUCUGCGCCUCUUAUAAUUCUCCAGGGAGGCUCCCAAUCAAACAUCUCCUUCAACAACACAGCAGACCCAUCCCAACCUAGAACUCCAAAAAUUUACAACAGCUUUGAUUUGAGAAGUCGCACAUUACCCAAUCCUUUGAUAGGUGCCCUUUCUUACAUCUCACAGAUAUGUUUUUCGGUCCUCAUAUGGCAAUACGAGAACAGUAUCUCCUCGAAUUGGCUCCUCUCACACACUCGCCGACUUUGCUUACCCCAACCUCCAGGAUCCGCAGAUGCCGGUCUCCCACCAUCAUGCAAAAAAAGCGAAAUUCUGGAAAUAGCUUCAGUCCUAUCCGAAAAUUCAUCGGCUACGAUGGUUGCGCGACCAGAGUUUCAGGAUAAACUGGUCCCGUUCGAUGAUGAGUGUGGCUGUGUUAUCAUAGGUGAUCUUGCUGAAGAUCCAUACAGAUUUGACCUAGAAUUCAUAGAUAUAGGUUGUACAGAAACAGCUGCCAGAUUUGCACAAGAUAGACAAAAAGCUCGAGACUGUAUAGAUGGCUCUCCAGUACGGAAACAACUUGAACAGAGCGCAAAAAAAUGGGAAACAAGUUCAGCUAUGUGGCGCAAGCGGCGCCAGCGAGCCCGUUGGCAUCAUGACUCUGCUGGGUCUGAAGCUACAUCGGAUGACUUCGCAUCGUUUGGCCCUUUUUUAGCAUGAGUAUCCUAACAUUCGUCACAUUACACACUACACGGCAUUCAUGAGUAUGGACCCUUGGGCACCCAUAUCAAUUCUGACACGCGUGCUGUAUUAGAAUACGCCUUGACACCUCGUCUGCAUACAUUCACGUAAGAAAGGGAUCCCAAGCAUCUUCUUAGCCUCCGCACACAUAAGGAAGCUUUUGCUUAAUUAUUACUAUCAUGCUUUUCAGUUUCGUUCUCUUUCCACGUCAACACUUCUUACUCAACGAUAGCGGUUCUAGUCUCGUGUUCUGUUGUGCAAUAAAACUAGGUCAACUAUGAAUUUACGUAGAUCGAAGUACUUAGAUUUUAGCAAUGCCUCCACAUGUUGUAGGAGGUUUUCUUUUACCAAUCUCGAAGAGAAAGUAGGCGAUAGCCUGUCGGCGGAAGUCUUGUUGUAUAAAUAUUCUAGGUGCUAAGCAAGAUUACAGAUUACCAUGACACUGAAGCUCUCCGUGGUAAGGGAUGAUGGGUAAUUUUGAAAAUAAUUCACAUCAAGAUAGAAGGCUGUGGCUUUUCAGGUAACCCUCUUUGUUAGAAUUGUGCAUAGUCUGCUCUCGAAAUGAUCUGCCAUGGUUAUUCAGUUCUCACAUUGCCAUGUUCUCUGACAUGUUGAGCUCCAUCUCCUACUGCUGUGUGCAAAACGUACCAACUGAACCUCAUAAAAGUUAUCUCCUAUAUUCAGUAGAGAACCCAAAUACAGUCAUUACAUGCAUUCCGUAUCCCGGAUAGCUAUGCCACUGUCUACAGCCAUAAGAGUAGCUCACUCCCGGAACAGAUCAACGAGCCUCCAUCUUCCCUUUCCCCUUGUUAUGACGCAGCAGGCAAGAC